AUGUCAGCUCCAGCUCAAAAUUAUAAAGUUGCCGAUAUCUCAUUAGCUGCCUUCGGUAGAAAAGAUAUUGAAUUAUCAGAAAAUGAAAUGCCAGGUUUAAUGCAUAUCAGAGAAAAGUAUGGUAAAGAUCAACCAUUAAAAGGAGCUAGAAUUGCUGGUUGUUUACAUAUGACCAUUCAAACCGCUGUUUUAAUUGAAACUUUAACUGCUUUAGGUGCUGAAGUUACUUGGUCAUCAUGUAACAUCUUUUCAACUCAAGAUCAUGCUGCUGCCGCUAUUGCUGCUUCAGGUGUUCCAGUUUUCGCUUGGAAAGGUGAAACCGAUGAAGAAUACUUAUGGUGUAUUGAACAACAAUUAUUUGCUUUCAAAGAUGGUAAAAAAUUAAACUUAAUCUUAGAUGAUGGUGGUGAUUUAACCUCUUUAGUUCAUGAAAAAUACCCAGAAAUGUUAGAUGAUUGUUUCGGUUUAUCUGAAGAAACCACUACUGGUGUUCACCAUUUAUAUAAAAUGGUUAAAGAAGCUGCUUUAAAAGUCCCAGCUAUUAAUGUUAAUGAUUCCGUUACCAAAUCUAAAUUCGAUAACUUAUACGGUUGUAGAGAAUCUUUAAUUGAUGGUAUUAAAAGAGCCACUGAUGUUAUGAUUGCUGGUAAAACCGCUGUUGUUGCUGGUUUCGGUGAUGUCGGUAAAGGUUGUGCCAUGGCUUUAAGAGGUAUGGGUGCUAAAGUUAUUGUUACUGAAAUUGAUCCAAUUAAUGCUUUACAAGCUGCUGUUUCAGGUUAUGAAGUUUUACCAAUGGAUGAAGUUAACAAAGUUGGUCAAAUUUUCGUCACAACUACUGGUUGUAGAGAUAUCAUCACUGGUAAAGAUUUCGAAGCUAUGCCAAAUGAUGCUAUUGUUUGUAACAUUGGUCAUUUCGAUAUUGAAAUUGAUGUUGCUUGGUUAAAAGCUAAUGCUGUUUCCGUUGUUAACAUUAAACCUCAAGUUGAUAGAUUCUUAUUAAAGAACGGUAGACACAUCAUCUUAUUAGCUGAAGGUAGAUUAGUUAACUUAGGUUGUGCUACUGGUCAUUCAUCUUUUGUUAUGUCAUGUUCUUUCUCCAAUCAAGUUUUAGCUCAAAUUGCUUUAUUCAACUCUGAAAAUGAAGCCUUCAGAACUAAAUACCCAGAAUUCGCUAAAACCGGUAAAUUCGAUGUUGGUGUUCAUUUAUUACCAAAAAUCUUAGAUGAAACUGUUGCUCAAUUACAUUUAUCUCAUUUAGGUGCUAAAUUAGAAAAAUUAACUGAUGUCCAAGCUGAUUACUUAGGUUUACCUGUCGAAGGUCCUUUCAAAGCUGAAUUCUAUAGAUAUUAG